UUUUUUUACCUCCCUAUUUAUGAAAACGUCACUUCAAGUCCCUCCCUGUUUGAAUCUCAUUAGUUUCUUGUGUGUUUCUCCCUGUCAAUAAUCCUGAAUCCAGACUCUCUCUAUUUCCAUCCCUCUCUAUCUGUCAAUCAGCGCCGCCUUUGAACUGAAAACCACUCCGACCAACUUCAACUCACUCAAUCCGAGCGGCUCGGCUCCUUCUCCGGCUUCCUUUUUCUGCCAAGAUUCCCUUCUUUUUUAGUUUUGUACCAACCCGCCAGAGCUUUGGAAAACGCCAAUACCAAGACUCCCCUACAAAAAAACUUAAACUCGGACUUUCUUAGAUCAAGGGGGGUUUAAAAAAAAGAAAGAAAAAAAAAACUUCGUGUUUUUUUUGCCCCCCCUCCCUCUCCUCUCUCCCCCCUUUUAGAAAAACCCAACAGAAAAAGACUAAAAAAUAAUAAUUUUUUGCUCGGGAAAAAUGCCGCAGCUCAACGGCGGUGGAGGGGACGAUCUGGGUGCAAACGAUGAAAUGAUUUCCUUCAAAGACGAAGGGGAGCAGGAAGAGAAAAUUUCGGAGAACUCCUCGGCAGAAAGGGAUUUAGCCGAUGUCAAAUCUUCUCUUGUAAACGAGUCGGAAACGAAUCAAAACAGCUCGUCGGAUUCAGAGGCGGAAAGACGGCCUCCGCCUAGAUCUGAAACUUUCAGAGACAAAACAAGAGAAAGUUUAGAGGAGGCUGCGAAAAGGCAAGAUGGAGGGCUGUUCAAGAGCCCACCGUACCCGGGCUAUCCAUUUAUAAUGAUUCCCGAUCUCACAAGCCCCUACCUUCCCAAUGGAUCACUUUCUCCAACAGCACGCACAUACCUACAGAUGAAAUGGCCCCUGCUAGAUGUUCAACCAGGAGGUCUUCAAAGUAGACAAGCACUUAAAGAUGCCAGGUCCCCGUCACCGGCACACAUCGUUGGGCCCUUCUGCUGGGAAUUCCCCGGACAGUCAGAUCUGAGCCUUCACCAAUUUCAUUUGUCUAAUAAGGUUCCAGUGGUACAGCACCCUCACCAUGUGCACCCUCUCACGCCUCUGAUCACCUACAGCAAUGAGCACUUCACACCGGGGAACCCCCCACCUCACCUACAGACAGACGUGGAUCCCAAAACAGGAAUUCCAAGGCCUCCACAUCCUCCAGAUAUAUCUCCUUAUUACCCACUGUCACCUGGCACUGUCGGCCAGAUCCCCCAUCCGCUAGGAUGGUUAGUACCACAGCAAGGUCAACCUGUUUAUCCAAUCACAACAGGGGGUUUCAGACACCCCUACCCAACUGCGCUCACUGUCAACGCAUCCAUGUCAAGUCUUCUGUCCUCCAGGUUCCCCCCACACAUGGUGCCCCCUCAUCACAGUUUGCACACCACGGGCAUCCCACACCCAGCCAUCGUCACGCCAAACGUCAAGCAGGAAUCCUCCCACAGUGACAUCAGCUCUCUCAACAGCUCAAAACAGUCAGACGCUAAAAAGGAAGAGGAGAAAAAGAAACAGGUCCACAUAAAGAAACCCCUGAAUGCCUUCAUGCUCUACAUGAAGGAGAUGCGGGCCAAGGUGGUGGCUGAGUGCACACUGAAGGAAAGUGCUGCCAUCAACCAGAUCCUGGGGAGGAGGUGGCACGCCCUAUCGCGGGAGGAGCAGGCCAAGUACUACGAGCUGGCCAGGAAAGAGCGACAGCUCCACAUGCAGCUGUACCCAGGCUGGUCAGCACGAGACAACUAUGCGGCUAACCAACAGGGGAAAAGGAAGAAGAGAAAAAGGGAAAAGCAGCAAGCAGAGAGCAAUGACCUGAGCGCUCCUAAGAAGUGUCGAGCGCGCUUUGGGCUCGAUCAACAGAAUAACUGGUGUGGCCCGUGCAGGAGAAAAAAAAAGUGCAUUCGCUACAUCCAAGGUGAAGGCAGCUGUGCCAGUCCUCCCUCUACGGACGGAAGCUUACUAGACUCCCCCCCAUCCUCCCCCUCCUCAGUGGUUCCCUCCCCUUCCUCAAAAGAGUCCAAACCUCAGACUGAACAAAUGCAACCUCUCUCACUGACUAUGAAACCGGCCCACCAGCCACUCCACCACCCGCACCUCCUGGCUGGGCCUCCACCAUCUUUGGUUCAGCUGGAAAACUCUGCUGCAGCUAGCAAAACGCCCGGCGCCUCCUCCCACAACGGAGCCCUGGAGCACGGCGACGUCUCGUCCUCGCGGCAGCCGGGCUCCUCUGUGGUGUCCUCAAUGGCCCGGCCCUCGGCAUCGCUGUGUCAUUCCCACUCGCUCCUCCCCUCCACGGCCCCUCAGCCUCUGUCGCUAGUGACCAAGUCUAUAGAAUAGUCUACCCUAUUCUUCUCCUCUUUUUUCUAGCUCUGCACACACACACCUUUCUAGGCCCUCCCUCUGCUAUGUUUCACUUGCCGUAAGUUCUUUUCUUUCUUUUAUGUUUCUGUGCCAUAAGGCUUUGAAAUUUUAGUUUUUGUUUUAUUAAAGUUCAUUGGUCAAUAUUUGACCCAUCAUUAUCAAAAAAAAAAAUCUAAUUAUUAUAAAGAAAUGAUACAAUGAGCUGUAGUAUAGCUUUGUGAAUCUGCCAAAAUUUUUAUGAAUUUUGUUUUUGUCUUUUUUGUAGUGUUAAAACAGUGCAAACAGAAAAAAAUUAUUUAGUUCAACUUCAAAAUGUUUAAAAGACGGAUAUAAAAAGGUAGGCUAGAUUAUUCAAUGAGCCCUUUUCUUGAAAGAGUUGGUUCUCCUUCUUUAUUUGUAUUAAAUACGAGCUUGCGAACCAAUCAUUUGACAUCUGUUCAAACUCUCGGAGGGCAUGAGGCUAGCGGUGACACCUCUCUGAGGAACAACUUUAAUUGUGAUGUUACUUGUUCUUGUUUAAAUGUACAGAAUAACGGGGAGGGGGGGAUUACUGUGUUAAAUAUGCAUUCUUCCACUGCGUUGUCUUUUUUUCUUUGUUGUUUACCUUUGGGGUGGAGUCAGGCAAGUUGGGUGGGCUUGAGGGGAGGUCGGGGUGGGUGGGUUGAGGGUUAUUAAAUUCAAAAUGUCACAACGCUAGGACCAGUAGUAUUUAUUGCUUUAGAGAUUGCUUGUUGUAUCUUGUACGUGUCUCUUUUUGACCUUUUUUUUUUCUUAAUACAUUGUACAAAUAUUUUUUCUUAAGGUAAGCGACUUAUAUAUGAAUGAUCCAUUUUUACAAGGAGGUUUUAAAAAGGCAAAUCGUUUUGUUAUUGAUUUCUUUCCUCACUGAAAACCUGGAUUCCACUCAGUGUACUGUGUAGAUCUCAUGAACAAGAAGUAUGCACAACUUCAUUUCAAGAAAUGCGUCUAUAAGCCAUUUUACAAAAAGAAGAAAAGAAAACUUGAAACAAGAGACAGUGGGUACCGUGUCUUCAGUAGUUGGAAAAGUGUCUAAAGCCCUUCUUUUUUAUUGCACAGUCACAUCUCUCAGACUGUAGAUUCGUGUACAGAUUUUCCGUGCCAAAUUUUGUGAUAAUUUUCUCUGCCCCUCUAACCACGCUGUAGGGAUCUUCUUCUUUUUUUUGUUUUUGUUUUUGUUUUUGUUUUGUUUUGUUGUUGUUUGUUUUUUUUAAUUUCGAUACCAUUCUUUGCUGUGACGUUACAUAGAUUGCUAUGUAUGUAGUAUAAAUGUUGCUAUAACAAAUGUGUUUGGUAGCAAAUUGUCAAAUAUUAAAAUUUAAACUUAAUAAAAAGGCGGACAUCAUACUGUAUAAACCCACAAGGGCCAAAUUAUGUAUAUUAGGAGGUUCAUAAAAAAACUAUUAAAUACAAAAAAAUACACAAACUGCCACUUUUAAGUACACUACUACAUAUAGGUAGAUAGAAAAAAUAGGCAUGUUGAUGUUGCAAGAGGCUGUAAAAAAAGCUACAAGAGAAUCAUCCACUCGGUGCCAUUGUAGUUGACAUGACGCGACUGUAAUCUGUCGAUUUCUUCUCUGGUUUAUUAAGAUGCUAAUGAUAAAUAGUUUGAAUGUUUCCUUAACGGCUGUGAUGUUCCUGUUCUAUUUUAUGCUCUUAUCUUUUUGUUCGUUUGUUUUUUCCUGUUAUUUUAAAUGGUUCCAAAACCAUGUUUUUUUGUAAUGAAUAAAUGUUUAUGCUGUACAGUCUCUGUAGCAUGCAGUUCUGUAUUAAUAAAAGCAACUUAGUAUGUG